GUGAAAGAAGGCAGUCUGACUGCACAGAAAAGGCACUCGGCAAACAGCGUGCACUCAUUGAGUCAGUGAUAUUCUGAACACGGAGAGCUGGUCCAUUUGAGCUCAAGAAAACAGUUUUCAGUGCAUAGAGACAGAGAAACAGAGGAAGUGGAGUGAAAAGAUAAGAGGAUAGGAGAGGAGAGGUUCUUCGUGGAGAGAUGGACUCAGAUUCUGGGGAUCAGAGUGAAGGAGAGCUCUCUCCAGGGCAGGAGAGCUUCAACUCCAAGAGUUUGGCCCUUCAGGCCCAAAAGAAGAUCUUGAGUAAAAUGGCCACCAUGGCUGUGGCAAAUCUCCUCACAGAUGAUACCAGCAGCGAGAUUCUGGACGAACUCUACAAGGCCAGUCGCGAAUACACCAGAAGCAAGAAGGAAGCUCACAAGAUCAUCAAAGAUGUCAUCAAGAUUGCCCUGAAGAUUGGUAUUCUCUACCGAAACCACCAAUUCAGUCCUGACGAGAUGGAGACCGUCGAACGCUUCAAAAAGAAGAUGAACCAGGCGGCCAUGACGGUGGUGAGCUUUUACGAGGUGGAGUACACAUUCGACCGUGGCAUUCUUUCCGAGCUGCUGAUGGAAUGUAGGGACCUUCUCCAUGAGCUGGUGGAGCACCACUUGACCGCACGCUCCCAUGCACGGAUCGACCAUGUUUUCAACCAUUUCGCAGAUGUGGAUUUCCUGACCGAGCUGUACGGCCCAUCUGAAGAGUACAGACUUAACCUGAGGAAGAUCUGCGAUGGAGUAAACAAACUCCUAGAUGAGGGCACACUUUAACCUCCAGUUCACGGUUCGUCGGAUGAGACUUCAUCAGGCUACUGGGAUUUGAAUGGUGGGAAUUUACGCAACUUGUGUUCUUUGGUUUUUGUUUGAAAUUUAGGCUGUCAUGAUAACUUGAUGAUGUGACUGUAACCCAACCUGUAGGGAUGGUCAACCAAAUGCAGAUUAAAGUCAAAUCCUGGUCUGUAUUGUCAACGUACCAGAUGAUUGUUUGGGGAAAAUCCAUUUAAGUGGAGAACCUGAAUGAAUCGGUGUCCCGAAAACCUGUCCUUUGUGUGCAAUUGCUGGAACGUUUUAAAUUACGAGUUCCUUUAUAUGCACUGUAUGAAAUCUGACCUACCUGUCCUUUAAGAAUGCAACCUUAGCUUUCUUCUGUACAUCCAUAAGAACCAGUUAAGAUGUCCAGUUAAUCUACUCAAAAGUUAAAGGGAUAUAGUUCAUCCCAAAAUUAACAUUCUAUAGUCAACUUCAUGAUGUCCCAAACCUGUAUGGCUUAAAAAAAAAAAAAAAAAAAAAAGACGCAAAAAAAAAAAAAAUGCUAAUUGUUAUUACUGAUGGCAAACCUGUCAGAAUGGCUCUCUUAACACAUUUGAACGUGAAUCAAUGUGAAUGCAACAGCUUUGAAUAUUGUUUCAAGCUUGACAGAGUCUGACCACAUUCACUUUCUUUGCACAACCUCUUGGAUUCUUCAGUAGAAAUAAAGUCAUACAGGUUUAAAAUGAGAUAAAGCCUAAAUCAAGUAAAUGAUUAUGAAAAUCACAUAUUUUUGGAUGAACUAUCCCUAAAGCGUUGAGAGGUAAAAAGAAAAAUGGCGCAAACCUUUGUUGAACAGAGCAUACUCCAAAAUAUCAUAACUGAAGUGCAGCAGAAAGAUUGUAAAUAAACUUUGGGGGUUUGGUCUUCUGUCUUUUGCCUUUGUAAUGACUCAGCGUCACAGCUACCAUGAUCUUGUGCUUGGUUUUUCCAGAUCCUGAUGUUUCAGAGCAUGUAAAUGUGUGUAUACGUACAUGCAGAAGAGAAAUGUGAUUAUUCCAUAAGCCUGUUCAGUAACCCCAGAGUGUAGAACUAUUAUCUGUCAUUAAACGAUCCAUAUGAA